CACCAGCAUCAUCUGUAUCUGCUCCACCAACAAACUCUGGGAGCACCACCCUUCACCAGCCCAGCACCAAUCCUCAGCUCCCAGCAAUGCUGCCAUCCAAGCAACGUCUCUCCCAUCACAGCCUGGCCCAGCACCAAUGAGCAUAGUCUGUCCCCUGCGGGACUGAGAGAGGGAGAAGGUGAGAACAACUUGGAUCUUGAAGACUCCCUACCGCCGUCUACAGGUUCUGGAGUUGCUCUAACACUAGUCUCAUCAGCUGCACCCAGUGCCUCUGGAUCCACCCCCCCAGUUCCUUCUCAAGUCAGAGACUUUGCAGAUGAAAACAACUUGGAUGAUGAAGAUCCCCUCGUUACAUCUGGAGAAGGGAGCUUUUUGCCCACCGUGCCAUUGGUCUCGCAACCAUCCAGUGCCCCUGAUCCCCCACACACAUUCGAAGCUCGAGCUCAAGUCAGAGACUUUGCAGAUGAAAACAACUUGAACGACGAAGAUCCUGUCACACCUUCAAGAGGCACAAUUACCCCACAGACACUGCCAGUUCUACCGGUAGUACCUCCAGCAUCGCUACUCACUGUGCCAAACCCUACAAGACUAUCAGCAGCUGAUGAAAACAACUUUGAUGCUUCAACACCUCCGGGUGAAGGUAGCGCAAACCCUACGCUGCCCUUGGUCCCAUCACCAACCAGUGUCUUGCAUAAUCUGGGGAGAGGCAGGGUUCUGUCUGAAACAGAUGAAAACAACCUGGACGAUGAAGAUCCUCUAUCUCCACUGCUGCAGUCAACCUACGCAAUUCCAACCGCUUCUGCGUCUCUUGUUUCAUCUCAACCAAGUUUUAAGGGCCCUAGGCCCCUGUCGACCACAUCUCUACCGCCUAAAAUUGAGGAAAACAACUUGGAUGAGGAGCAUCCUUGCUCACCAUCAGCCUUGGCGGCUUCUACCUCCGCUACAGCAAGCCUACCACCCACUUUUCCACCUACUGGGAAUAGUCUGACUAGUCCGUUGGAGUUCACCGUUACUCCGUCUAAGUCAAGCUUGCCUACUAACAGUCUUGAUGCUGAUCUUAAUGCCGGUGAUGAGUCAACUGAGGGGCAAGUAGGUGGUGCAAGAGGUGGAGCUAGCUCUGUGGUUGCAGGGAAUCACCUCAACAAACCUACGGCACCUCCAGUUGUGGCUGAGACUGCUGGUGAUCCAUUUGCUGCACUCAAUAAUCUCGACACUUACAGCCAAAACGAUGAAAACAACCUCAACGAAGUUGAUGAUACGUCAGCUACAGGACUCGGAGCUGUCGGUGUGCAACAGAACCCAGACAACAGUGGAACAGUGGUUACAAACAGCCUCAAUCCAGAAUUUUCAUCUGUUGGAAUUUCAAGGGUUGCCAGUGGUACGGUUGCAGCACAAGAUGUCGUAGAGGAAAACAAUCUUGAUGAAGAAGACAUGCUUGCUAGAGCUAGGGUAGCAGGUGUUGAGCCUAGUGUUCCAGUUGAGAGGAUUAAAGUUGACGGAGAGAAUGAUUUGAAUGAAGACUCGCUCACAAGUUGUACUGUGUCUAGAGCUCAGGAAAGUGGGAUUAGUCACAGCAACUCUGGUAGUGGACAAGCAGCUAGAUCUCUUACAACGAGCAGCAAUCUUGAGUUCAGUGGUGAACAAACCGCCAUUGGCGUUGCUGCUGCUGCUGCAGAAAGUAACAAUCCCAGCAUUGCCCGUCAACCACUUGCUAGUGAUGCUACUGCCAUGAACAACCUUGGCGUAGACCAACCCAGUAGCUCUCCUGCUGCCAACGAUUUGAGUGUUGAAGGACCUUCCCAAGGUGUACGAACUCUACAGAUGCAAAGCCCUUUGAGGCAGGGAGUCACACGGCUUCCAACAUGUCAAACAAUCUUGACAGCGAAGAUUUCGACCAGGAAGGAGGGCUGCACAACCAACUUCCUGUGUUACAUGGAUCUGCAGCAGACAACUUUGGCAAUGUUGUGUCUCAACGUCAUGGAAGAGCAGGUGAUGUUGUGGGGACUCAAGUGGAGCAGCAGAAUAACCUCAGUGUACAGAAUGACCUUGAUGCAGACGAAGACAGCACACCAGCCAGGAGCUCUGGUCGUUCUGUGGGACGUGACGAACUCACGUUAA